AUGCAACUGCACUCGGAUGAUGCUCUCCGAGGCCAAGAAGACCUGAAGGAGCAGGUGGCCAGGGUUGAGCACAGAGCUAACCUGUUGCAGGGAGAAACUGAGGAGCUAAGGACAGCUCUGGAACAGACAGAGAGGAGCAGGAAAGUGGCUGAACAGGAGCUCAUGGACAACACUGAGUGCGUGCAGCUCCUGCAUACCCAGAACACCACCCUUAUGAAUACAAAGAAGAAGCUGGAAACCGAUAUUGCUCAAAUCCAAAGUGAGGUGGAGGAGGCCAUUCAAGAGGCAAGAAAUGCUAAAGAGAAAGCAAAGAAGGCAAUUACAGAUGCAGCCAUGAUGGUGGAGGAGCUGAAGAAGGAGCAGGACACCAGCACUCACCUGGAGAGGAUGAAGAAGAACCUGGAGCAGACGGUGAAGAACCUGCAGCUCCAUCUGGAUGAGGCAGAACAGCUGGCACUGAAGGGUGGCAAGAAGCAGCUUCAGAAGCUGGAGUCCAGGAUCCAAGAGCUCGAGUCCAAGCUGGAAGGAGAGCAGAAACGAGCUGCAGAUGCCAUCAAAGGCAUUUGGAAAUAUGAACGGCGCAUCAAGGAGCUGACUUUCCAGGGUGAAGAGAACGAAAAGAGGUUACAGGACUUAGUGGAUAAACUUCAGUUGAAAGUCAAAUCCUACAAGAGAGAAGUUGAGGAGGCUGAUACACAAGCCAAUGUUCACCUCUCCAAAUUCAGGAAAGUACAGCAUGAGUUGGAGGGGGCUGAGGAACAAGCAGAUAUUUCUGAGUCUCAGGUCAAUAAGCUUAGAACUAAGACCUGA